AUGGUUCAACAAUUUGGUGCUCAAUUAAUAAACAAAGCUAUUGAUUUAUUGCGUGGACAAAAUGAUGAAUUAAAACAAAAAAAUUAUUUCAUGGAAGAACUUGAAGAUAAUAGAUGGGAAAUCGGCCAAAAAGAUGAAGAGAAAAACCACUUUAUAACUUCAAGCAUUAUUUAUCGUGAUUCAUACGAACAUCUACAAUUUUGCGAUUGCGAAUUGAAUGAUGAAAUAUUUGAUCAAGCAAACCGAAUUCAAGAAAUGAUAUCAAUUAAUAAACGAUGGUUAAAAGCUACAGUUGAUCAUUAUCUUAAUGAAGUUGCAUAUUACGAUAAUAAUUAA